GCGAGCCGCCGGCGGAAGUGCUGCAUCGCGCACUUCCGGGUGUUGUCUGGCCGCCGCCGCGCGUCUCCGGUCUCCCGGCCGCCGCCGCUGCCGCCGCCGACGCCGUCGCCUCGGGUCUCGGAGGCAGGAGCGACGUCACCGCCAUGGCCGGCAUCAAAGCUUUGAUUAGCUUGUCCUUCGGAGGAGCAGUUGGGCUGAUGUUUUUGAUGCUUGGAUGCGCUCUUCCCAUAUACAACCAAUACUGGCCUCUCUUUGUUCUGUUUUUUUACAUCCUUUCACCUAUUCCAUACUGCAUAGCAAGAAGAUUAGUGGAUGAUACGGAUGCUAUGAGUAAUGCCUGUAAGGAACUGGCCAUAUUUCUUACAACAGGCAUUGUGGUCUCAGCUUUUGGACUCCCUAUUGUAUUUGCCAGAGCACACCUGAUCGAGUGGGGAGCUUGUGCACUUGUCCUCACCGGAAACACUGUCAUCUUUGCAACUAUCCUGGGCUUUUUCUUGGUCUUUGGCAGCAAUGAUGACUUCAGCUGGCAGCAGUGGUGAAAGGAAUUACUGAACUCUUGUCAGAUGGACUUCUUGUCCUUUCUCAGCCGUCCGUGCACACAGGAGACGGGGCAGUGACGCUGAGCAGCGGAGCAAGCCUCUUGGGGGUGUUCUAGGUGCUCCUUCUCACUUGUCUUGUAAGCGUACUCUUUUCACAGAGACUUGCUGGAGGAUUAAAAGGAUUUUCUCUUUUGGAAAAGCUUGACUGAUUUCACACUUAUCUCUAGUAUGCUUUUUGUGGUGUCCUGCUGAAUUUAAAUAUUGAUGUGUUUUCCCUGUUCAGUUUUUUUUUUUUAACCAGUAUGCAAUGUUAAAUAUUUUUUAAAUCUAAUAACCAUUUGCAUUGGUUAGGAACUAGAGUUCUGCUGGCUAUUACUGGGCUCAAGCACUUUUUUUUUUCUUAAAAUUAUUUAACCUCCAUUACUACACAAAGUUAUAAAGAUAAGUUUUUCAAUCAGUCAGGAUGACAUCACUCCCAAUUUUAUGCAAACAUGCAGACUAUUAGCAUACCUUAUAGACUAUAUACUCAGUGCAAAUAUAGCUGCAUUUAUACCUCAGAGGGGCCAAGUAUUAAUGCCACGCCCUCCAUAAGGGUUGCUGGUUUUGCUGGAAAGCAGGUGUUUUGUGAAUUGAAAAUUAUUUUAUGGAAUUGCUACAAAGGAGUGCUUUUAUUCUCAAUUGUUAGAAGAACUUAUUGUUACAGGUAAGAGUGUAAAAACAGAUUUUUGAUAUACGGUUUUUAUUUAUGUUUGUUAUAAUUAGAGUGAGUUGCAUUAUGGGAAGAAACGAUGUUGAAAUUCCAUUUUUUUGAAUCCUGUUUCUAUUUAUAAGUGAAAUUUUUAAUCUUCUUUCAGUCUUUCAUGUUUUACGUGGGUAAAGGGACACACACAGAACUACUACUGAUACGGGAAAGUGUAUGUUUGCAUCCCACAUACUAGAAAACCUUUUCCUGCCUCCUUAUAACUUAUUUUAUACAUUGUAUAUAUUAAGUAAAAUAACUUUUCCAAUAUGGUUUAAUAACACGUUAAGUUAGAGGUUUUAACGCACCUGGAGAGUGAUUGCUCCGCCAUACAUUCAGAGUGCCCCAGCCCCGCAAGGCCUUGACGUGAUCAACAAGUGACUUGUUAGUUAUGCCAUUAAUUCAUGUAUUAACAACUCAAGAUUUAGACCACGGUAAUUGUAGUUCUUAUCCCCUAAGGUUAUAUCAUAUGUAAUUUUAAAAUAUUUAAGGCAAGUUUCCUGUAUACCUCUCAA